AUGGCUCCGCAAUCAUCAUCCUCGAAGCAUCAGACCGAGAAGCCGCUUCGCCAACUCGCGGCCGAGAAGCUACAUGGCAAGGGUAGCAACCCAUCACAACUCGGAGAUCCAGUGUCUCUUAAAGCUGAAGCAGCCGACUCGCAUCCCACGGACCAAGACCUUGGCUCACGCGGCAGCAACAACGAGAGCAAUUCUAGAGCCUCUCCGGACCAAGGCGGUUCGAGCUCAAAGACGAGAACACCACCGAGCUCAUCUGGUGGCUCACACGAACAAAAGCAAUUGAAAGGGGGACGAGGCUUGAGAGGAAUGGUGGAGGAAAAGGUCAGCCAGGUGAAGAAGGGUGGGAAUAAGAGCGAGAACGAGAACGAGCCCGCGGGUCACGACAAGGGACGCGCACCAACGGCCAAACUGUAG